GCGCUCGUUAAGGACGGCCUCUCUAUCUGCCGCCGCCUUAGUUAUGGCUCCUGCUGUAGCUAGUCUCCGCGUCCGAGACGCGCCGAACUGAUCUGCGGAGCGACAGAGGGCCUCCUUUGACUCAGGGACGCAGAGCAAAUACUGCGGGCAGUGUUUGAAGAUGGCUCUGAACUCCGUGUUCCUGUGUGCCGGCGAUCAUGGGAACAGGGUGACCUUCCGUGCUUCCCACGGCGACCUCAGCCCGUCGGCCUUAGCCUAUGCGAAGGUCUCUGGAGACAGCUUCCUCGUUGCCAGGCCUGAGGGGAUUCAUCCGGGACGUCAGCAGGCGGUGCGACCGAGCUUUCGGCCCGAGAGCCCUAGAGUGACUGGUGGCGGCCGGAGCCCGACCCGCCUUAUAAAGGGAAGGGAACUGGACGGCCGGUGCCGAAGCCGCCAAGCCAGAUUCUCACCCUACCCGUCCCCUGGGGUCAAACUCGAUCUCCUAAGAAGUGUGCUGCACCAGCGACUGAUUGCCUUCGGAAUGGUCGUCGCCGCCCGAAUUUCAGUGUAAAACGGAUGCCUUUCCUCCGCUCCUCAAUUAGCUACUUAACAAGGCCACUCUAAACCCC